GUCUCCCUCCUCUGCACACAGCCGAGCAUCCUGAGCUCACUGGGACUUUUUAAAACUCACAACCCGGAGCUCAGCUGACCACCAACAAUACACCACCGAAGAAGAGUUUGGAGGUUCUACAACAGGUGAAACAUGAUCACGAGGGUCGUCUUGCUGUCCGUGUGUCUCCACGCCAUCUCAGCAGCGUUUGAUUACAUCGAUGAAGAGCACUCCUUUAUGGACCCGGAGGAGGUGCUGAGCGUGAGCAUUCCUCUGCAGGAGCCACAGCGCCCUCCACUGGGCUCCUCGCUGGUUCUACCGUGUUACUUUAAGGACCACACGGUCCCAGACCCGGGAGCUCCCGCCAUCGCUCCCCUCGCUCAUCGCAUCAAAUGGAGCCUCGUCACCAAAAAACACGUCAAAAUGGUCUUGGUGGCCAUGGAGGGACAGGUGCUCAUCAGCGAGAGCUUCCAGGACAGAGUUCACCUGGUGGGCUACCCCUCGACUUCCACGGACGCCAGCAUCAAGAUAUCCGAGCUGCGGGCCAGUGACACAGGAUUCUACCGCUGUGAGGUCCAGCACGGCAUCGAGGACAGCCACGACAUCGUCCAGGUGCAGGUUCAAGGUUUGGUGUUCCACUACCGGCCGAUCAUGGGCCGCUACACUUUGACUUUUGAAAAGGCGAAGGCAGCGUGCGUCCAGAACAAUGCCGUCAUGGCUUCACUCCAACAGCUUCAAGCGGCCUACGACGAUGGAUACCACCAGUGUGACGCCGGCUGGCUCUCUGACCACACAGUCAGGUACCCGAUCCAAGAUCCUCGUGAGAAAUGCUAUGGCGACAAACUGAUGCUGCCUGGGAUCCGGACAUAUGGAGUGAGGAAGCUCAGUAACACUUAUGAUGUCUACUGCUACACUGAGAAGAUGAGAGGCCGAGUUUUCCACAAAACUUCUGCAGAAAAGUUCACCUACUCUGAGGCGGUUGUGGCGUGCUUCGAUGAGGGAGCUCAGUUGGCCACCACUGGUCAGCUCUACCUGGCCUGGCAGGAUGGGAUGGAUGUCUGCAACGCCGGCUGGCUAGGAGACAGGAGCGUCCGCUACCCCAUCAACAUCCGUCGGCCGCAGUGCGGAGGCGGUCUGCUGGGGGUGCGAACGGUUUACCUUCACAAGAACCAGACAGGAUACCCAUUUCCGGAUUCCCGCUACGACGCCUUCUGCUACACAGAGUCUCCCGAUGAGGAAGGUUCUGGCAUCAUGGAAAAGGGAAGCGGCAUGCUGAGUGUUACCACGAUGACACAGAACCCAGAGGUGUUCUUCUGGCGGACGACCACAGACAGCGAGGCGGUCGGAGAGCUGGAGACGCUCACCGCUCGGCCUGGAGGCUUUGUGAUACCUCCAACUGAUGUGGUCUUCCAUUAUCGAUCAGGCUCCAGUCGAUACGCCUUCACCUUCAUUGAGGCCCAGCUGGCCUGCCAGAGUGUCGGCGCCUCCAUCGCCACGCCAGAGCAACUGAAGGCUGCAUACAUGGCUGGAUAUCACCAGUGUGAUGCAGGAUGGUUACUGGACCAGACUGUAAGGUACCCCAUUGUUUUCCCAGCAAGUACGUGUACUGGAGAUCUGGGGGAUCAACCUGGAGUUCGGUCGUAUGGUUUGAGGCGGGCAGACGAGAAAUACGACGUGUACUGCCACAUUGUUGGGCUCAAAGGUGAGAUUUUCCAUGAGAGCUCCGCAGAGGGUUUCACCUAUGAUGAGGCUGCUUCUAGCUGUCAAAAGCAAAACGCUGUGCUGGCUUCCACCCGCGAGCUCUACGCAGCCUGGAUGCUCGGUUUUGACAAUUGCCGCGCUGGCUGGCUCGUGGAUCACAGCGUCCGCUACCCCAUCAACAAGCCAAGCACUAAGUGUGGAGCUGGGAAACCAGGAGUGCACACUGUGUACUCUCACCUCAACCAGACCAACUUGCCUGAACUUGAUGCCAGAUUUGAUGCAUACUGUUUCAGAGCAGAUUUUGGACUUAUUGCAAAUGAAACUGGACUGAACAUUACAAACAUCCAGGAGGCCCUCCUUAACCAAACAUCAAUGACUUAUUUGUUGACACCCGCUGGUCCUACCAUCGUGCCACCUAUACCUGUGGAGACUUCAGACUCUGGCUCAGGCCCAGCAGACUUCGGCUCAGGGUCUUCGGUUGAUGGUGCCUCUGGGGGUCACUCUGGAGACCUGUCUGAAUCUGGAGACCUGUCUGGAUCUGGAGACACCGGGAUCUCUGGAGACCUGUCUGGAUCUGGAGACACCGGGAUCUCUGGAGACCUGUCUGGAUCUGGAGACACCGAGAUCUCUGGAGACCUGUCUGGAUCUGGAGACACCGGGAUCUCUGGUGAUCUGUCUGUUUCUGGAGACACCGGGAUCUCUGGUGAUCUGUCUGUUUCUGGAGACACCGGGAUCUCUGGUGAUCUGUCUGGCUCUGGAGAAUCAGGUCCCAGCAGUACAGAUUCUUCUGGAUCAGCUCUCAGUGGGUUCCCAUCAGAUUUAUCCUCUAGGAGUGCUAGUGGACACUCAGGAGAGCCUUCUGGACAGGGGGAGGUACCGGUCUUACUCAUCGAUCCAGAACUGACUGUUACCCACAAGGAGUACGAGCUUGGUGGAGGCCUUCUGGCAUUCAGUGGCUCUGGAGACAUUUCUGGAUCUGGGGAUCUCAGCGGCUCUGAAAGUGGCUCUGGGUUGUUCUCGGAUGUGACCCUUGUGGAGUCAGGGUUCACUGAGCUCAUAGUAUCAUCCUCUGGAGAGCAGGAACUCUCUGGGACUUUACUCACCAGCUCUGGACAGGGGAGUGGUGGACAUUUGUCUGGAUUUGGAACCCCCCACCCUCUGCUCUCCCCUAAAGCACUGGCUGCUCCUCCCUCUACAACAACAGCAACCUCUGUGACGAUACCAGACGUCGUUGAAGAAACUUAUUCACUGGAUGGUGGUUUUACCCCAUAUAAACCCAACCCCUGCGGUGCUGCUCCAUGCCCGGUAGAGGAAGAGGUUGCUCCGUGUAAAGAGGUAGAGGUGUGCGAUCCCAACCCGUGUGCCAACGGAGCUACCUGUGUGGAGAGCGCAGACUCUUAUAAAUGCUUCUGCCUGCCCAGCUACGGAGGGGAACGCUGUGAGAUCGAUGAGCAGCAGUGUGAAGACGGUUGGACGAAGUUUCAGGGGAACUGCUACCUGCACUUCACUCACAGGGAGACGUGGCUGGAGGCCGAGCAGCGCUGCCAGGCCCUGAACGCCCACCUGGUCGGCAUCGCCACGCCGGAGGAGCAAGACUUUGUCAACUCAAACGCAAAGGACUACCAGUGGAUCGGCUUGAAUGACAAGACUGGAGAGAAAGAUUUCCGCUGGCUAGACGGCUCUCCACUGCAAUACGAGAACUGGAAGCCGAACCAGCCGGAUAACUACUUCUACUCCGGAGAGGACUGUGUGGUGAUGAUCUGGCAUGAGAACGGCCAGUGGAACGACGUGCCCUGCAACUACCACCUGCCCUUCACCUGCAAGAAAGGCUCAGUGACCUGCGGCGCCCCGCCACAGGUGGAGAACGCCCACAUGUUCGGGAACAAGAGGGCGGAUUUCCCGGUGAACUCCAUCAUCCGGUACCAGUGCAGCGCCGGGUUCCAACAGCGCCACCUGCCGACGGUUCGCUGUAAAGCAGACGGCGAGUGGGAGGAGCCCCGAGUGCAGUGCGUGGACGUGAAAGAACGACUGAGAAGCCAGCGGCGGAGCGGCGACUGUCUGCCGGCCGGCGGCGAGCUCCACUGAGGCCGGCGGAGAGGAAUUCAUUAUUUAAGAACAUUUGCAGUGCACAGAUUUUGGGGUUAAGAAGGGUCAAAGUGCGACUUCCUGUUUCAAAUCCCCCGCCCCUCCUAAUAUAUUUCAAUUAUAUGUGAUAACUUUAUUGCUCUGAGUUCAUUUGUACCGCGUGUAUUGUAAUAUAAUUUGUAUUUAGUUGUUUUGUUCCUCAUGAGUUUUUUUUAUAGAAGGCAGCAUCCGUCUGGUUCAAUGGCCGCUGGAGAUGUGCGCCACACAGGUGGUGGAGCAGCAUCGGGUGACGGUGUUUGUUUACCCACAUGUUGACGCUUAUUGUUGUGUCUGUCUGAAGAAGAACACAGUGUGGGGCCGAUGGCUCAGAGGUAUACAUGUUUUAGGAUUAUUGGACAUGAUAUAUGACAGCAGAUGAGUGGAAACAGGAAAGGAACGUUGAGUAGAUGAUAUUCAGAGUGAACUUAGAGAGAAAACCAAUGUGAAUACACAACCUUUUAUUUAUUUAAAUGUGUACUGUUGUCAAGGCAAAAGACACUUUUUAAUCCUGCUUUAAUUGUGCCAUGAAUUACAAAUACAUUCUCUCUCCUGACCACCAGGGGGCGACUCCUGGUUGUAUAGAAGUCUAUGCGUCAUGUGUUGAAGCUGCAUUCUCUCUACUGACCACCAGGGGGCGACUCUCUUGAUGUAUUCCCUCAGUAAACAUUGUAAACAUGAGUUUCUGGUCUAGAUCUCUAGUUUCAAGUCUUCUUCAGCAUUAAACUAGUUAAAUAUAAUUCAUGGCACAAUUCAAACGGGAUCAGAUCCCUGUUCCUCCUUAGCCUUUGGGAUCGAGGCGCCGUUGGGUUCCACCUCGAUCCCAGAGAGCUUCACGCGGCGACCGCAGCAUCAGCUGAACAAACUUCUACUUCCAGUUUCUCGUAUGUAAUCUGCAGAAGACAAAGUGACCCUCGUCUUAUCCUCUGCAGUGCGCGGCGUGUCUGUCAGGACAAAGAACCCGUUGUCUUGUUCAUGUCCGUGACCUCGGAGGAGGAGGCCUCCUCGCCGUGACACAGCACCGUGUCUCGUUUUGUGUCGUUGUUUCUGUAUUUUGGGUGCUGUGCCCACUUCAGGAUAUUUUGUGAGCAGCUGCAAGACGAACCAAAGAGACGCGUCUUAUGGUUGAGCUCAGAACGAGUAUGUUUACUUUGGUUUGGGCAUCAAAAACCCAGAAAGUUACACAACGCUGCUUCUCGGCAGUUCAUGCAAUCUAUUUGUUUUCCUGUACACGUUUUUUUUUUAUUCGUGACGUUCGGAACGUCUGUUUCUGUUUUUGUUUUUGUUUCCACGACACGGUGUUAGUUAGUUCAAGGCUACACAAUGAGUACAAGCGUUAAGUUAAGGCAACGACAUGUUUGAAUAGUUCUUCGACAUCACGAGCGUCCCAUCGUGUCACAGUGACGGCGAGGAGGAACAUAAAUGCUGGAAACAAAUAAUACAUACAUAAUAUAUGAACUAAGAGAAAUGCAUAUGUGCCUCCUCCUUAAAUUAUGUCUCCGUUGUGUGUUUUCUGAAUGUUUGUACUGGCAUCAAUCAAUUACACAUUAUUAAAAACUCCUUUGAUGAUA